UAACAGCUAGCUUGUGUCGGCUAACUUUGUCUCACAGUUGGUUUCUUCUUCUGGUCUCCCUUAACUUUGAGGACGUCGCUCGGCUCUGUGGAUUAUUUGACAUCCAUGUGAGUUACUAACAGUUCCCAACAGACGGAGCCAUGAACGGGAGCACCAACCCGCUGCUGGACAAAGAGGAACACGUCCUGAAGCUCGGUGAGAGCUUUGAGAAGAGGCCAAAGUCUUCAUUUCACACCAUCAGAUAUGACUUCAAACCAGCGUCUAUCGACACGAGCUGCGAGGGAGAGCUGCAAGUCGGGAAAGGAGACGAAGUCACCAUCACAUUACCUCACAUUCCGGGCUCCACGCCUCCCAUGACGGUGUUCAAAGGAAACAAGCGGCCGUACCAGAAGGACUGCGUGCUCAUCAUUAACCACGACACAGGGGAGUUUGUACUGGAGAAGCUGAGCAGCAGCAUCCAGGUCAAGAAAACCAGGGCGGAGGGCAGCAGUAAGAUCCAGGCACGCAUCGAGCAGCAGUCGGUUCGCUCCAGUCAGCCCAGCUCUCAGUUCCGGGCCCCCACCAAGCCGGGGGCCGGGGUCAAGACCUCCCCGUCUCCCUCUAAAGAUAACCCCUCGCCAGAGCCGCAGCUCGAUGACAUCAAGAGAGAGCUGCGAGCGGAGGUGGAGGUGAUCGAGCAGAUGAGCAGCAGCGGCAGCAGCAGCUCCUCUGACUCGGCCAGCGCCUCGGGGAGCGGCGAUGACAGCAGCAGCGACGGCGAGCACGACGCCCCCCGACCACUCAACCAGACCUCCCCGAACCGCCUCCCCAUGGCCAACGGAGGAGUCGACCGGCAGCAAGGCAACAACCAGCUGAUAAACACACUCCGAAACGACCUCCAGCUGAGCGAGUCGGGCAGUGACAGCGAUGACGAAUGAACUCUCCGAUGGUCAGUCCCUCCCUCGCUCCCUCCUUCUCUCCACACUCCUUCCUGCCUGGUUCACUUGUUCCUUUGCUGUGCGAGCUGACCCCAGCUGUGUAUCUCGGUUUUAUUUCUUUUAUUUUGAUUUUGGCUGGUCGGCCUGGAAGAGCUUCUCAGAGUGUAUUUUUAUUAGAUGUAUAUUUUGUUUUGUAUAGCGAGACUUUAGAAACAGAAACUUUUACUUGAGCGGUUUGGAAGAUUCUAUAUUAGAGUGCAAAUCAUAUUUUCUGUACUUAGAGCAGCUAGUUUUAUCUACUCGCAUCAGCUGGUUUUGUUGGGUUUGUCUUUAUGGUCAGACGUGGAAGUCUUGAAAUGUCGCACCUCAUCCUUUCAUCACGUCACUGCACGUUUACAGAGGUUUCUGGAAGUUUUUCCACAUCGUUAUGGUGUUUUUAUUGGUUUGCUAUGAAUACAGAAAACAGCAGCAUUGCACAGAGAAGCUGUGCAGACUCUGUGCGGCGGCAACACAUUAAAGUAAAAACACAUCCACCAGGUGUUGAGAUCAGUGACGAGCAGAGACACUCUGUGAGCUCUGCCCUCCUCGUCUCAGUGUUCAGUCAGAGUUUUAAACAGUUUGCAGAUUAUUUCAGGUGUGAAUCUCCUUCACUCAUAGAAGUGAAUGAAUGUGUAUUAAUGGGAUUUGUUGACGAGAAGAGAAAGAUAGAAUCAUGUCAGUCUCGUUCUUUAAACUGUUUUUUCAUUACAGAGACAGCAGGGCUGCAACUGUACGAUAACUGUCUCAGAAAAUAUCACGGUUUCACAGAAUUAUUAUCAGUCAGAACGACCCUUAAAGGAGUUAGAACUGAAGGGUUAUUUUUGGUUAAACCAGAGGUCGGCAGCCUGCAGCUCAGGAGCCACAUGCGGCUCUUUGGCCCCUCUUUAGUGGCUCUCUGUGACUUUGACAAAAAAUUAUAUGGAAAUGAAUCACAGUUAUUGUCUUGUAUUUUCCAGCUGUAUAAACGUGUAGCCCAUACACUGAAUAAAAAAAAAGUUUAACAUCACAUCAACUAUGUGCGUCACACGUCUACAGCCUGGUGCCUUUUCCUAAAGUUUGAGUCUCCUUAGUGAGGCUGUUGAUUCCAAAUCUAAAAAGAAAACGUCUCAGAGGAAAAUAAAGAAUUUCCUCGUGAGUGGACAGAUUAGUUUGCUCUCACUACUGACUCUGCAAAGUUUAAGAACCAAAUAACCAUAAACAGCCUCUGCAGAGAAGCUGCUGUGUUUUCAAACAUAUAAGUGAAUGCUUUUUUAGAUUAAUGAGGCCGUGUUGCUGACGCUAUGAGGCACAAACAUGUAGUAUGGUUCCAGGCGGAUUUUUAAAAAAUUCUUUUGGCCAAAGGUGAUUCUUUUGAUAGUAAAGGCUGCUGACCAUAAACAGUUUAUUACUAUAUUUGAAACUUGAAGAUCUUUUUUUAAAUGGAAGUUUGUGUAAAAAAAAGUCUCCCCUUUUAGAAAAAUAACUAAAAAUAUGUAGAGAUUUUCUGUCUACGUAAGCAAACAUACACAGUAUGAUAACCAUCAAAUUUAAUGUCAGGAUAUACUGUUGCAGCCCUGACAGAGACUUAAAUUUCAUCUUGCUGUUCUGUAAUCAUUUCAAGGUUCAGGCAGUUUGAGUUCUGUUCAGUUAAAUUAUCUUAUAGGAAAUAUUACUCAGAUGUCUGACAUCGGGCCUCAUGACACAGCAUCCACAGUUUGGAUCAAAGUUUCAGACGUUUAAAGCUGCAGCUUGUGUUCUUUCUUUAACCACUAGGGGGCAGAAAAGACCCAAAAUCAGACCUGAUGCGUAUCAGCUGUGGACGUGUGAUUAACUGGGCGAGGAAUUAGAAAACGUCUCUGGUCCCCUGCAGAGUUAUUCCUCACAUCAACCUGGAGAAUUUCUCCAAAAACUUCAGCUCACUGUUAUAAUUUCAGACAAAUGUUGGCGACAUACUUGUUUAUGUGAGUCAAUCAUAAAGUGCUUUCAGUGCAGUAGGAAUCAAUAUAAACGGUGUGUCGGUAUCUCCGUCAUCAUCUUCCCUCUCGUCCUUUUGCAGCGUCACAAUAAAUCCCACUGACUCAGUAAAACCACUCACAGUAUCACAGUUCUGAUGAUAUUAAAGCGCCCACAGUCAUUAAACGGUUCAUCAGAGUUAAAGGUCAAUAAAAACACCUGAAACCCAAAUUAUUCAUGAUGAAGUCUGAGAAAGGGAAAAAAUCCUCCAAAGAACUUUAGUUUCCUGUUAUUAAUAUUAUUAUUAAUAUUUGAAUGACCACUAUUUGUUUCACUUUUGUUUCAUGUUUCAAACAGAGAACAUUUUAUUUUUGAUCCCAGUUUCAUAUAAAUCUUCUAUAACAGGACCAUUUCAUGCCUUACAUCAGCUCAGCUCGGAAAGAAAGGUGAAUGUGUCAUUUUCUGAAAAUGCCAAAGAGUUGAACUCAUGUGCAGAGAGCUGGAACGUUCACAUGUGUGUGUAUGUGUGAGUCAGAGUCAUGUCGGUGUGUUAAUGUGUUCAUUUUGAUUUUAUCUGAGAUGUUAGUGUCGUGCGUACGAGAUUGUUCCUGUUACCUACAGGAGCUGCUGGUGUUUAUGAAAAUCAUUUGGUGCUACAGUAUUUCAUUCGUAAUGCAACACAGCGACUCACGUUAAAAAAACACGACUGAAGAGUUUCAUUACAAAACUUCAUUUCAGGUUAACAACACUUUCAUACGUUUUUGUUUCCAUCCAGAACAAUUAAAGGAUGAAACAUUGGUUCAGAACGGUCCGAGGAGCUGUGUCCAACGUUCAGAGUCUGGCUCGGAUUGAUUACACACGGUUCUCAACAUGGAGGUGGCUGGGCCAACGAUGCUAACAGCUUGUGUCUGCGCCUACAGACGUUUCCUGUCAAACUUUUAUUUAAGUAUGAAAGUGUUUAUGAACAUGUUUAAAACCUAAAUGUUUUUGAAGUAUUUUGUAAUGAAACCCUUCGGUCACAGGUCAGAUCCAGUUUGGGGAACGCUGUUAUAAAUGAUCUGCUGUCGUAUAAGAUGUGUUGUUGUUUUAUAUCACGGCUGUGUCCUCAGACGAGGUUCAUGUUUGAUUUCUGAGCUCACACAACAGAGACAGAGAUGUAAACAGUUACUGACCGACCACAGUACUAAAUAUAACCAGGACAGUUUUAUUGAUCCUGCUGCUUCUUCACACAAAGAACCACAUCACUGUGUGUCCGUCUACACGCAGGACGAACCAUCAGAGAGACGGGUGAAUGAAGCAGCCACCGAGACACAAAGGUCGAAACAUCCUGUCUGAAAUCUGUGACACACGUGUUCAACAGACGUCAGAUGGACUUUAGUUCUCAUGUUUUUGUUUUAGUGCUUCGUUCAUGUGGAAAAUGUUUGUACAAAUUUGAAGUGUAUUAAAAGUGUGAAAAUGUAUUUAAA